CCUUUUGUCCCUAUCUUAUCAGCACAACAGCCGAUUUAAAUCACACGCACAUUUCUUUAUAUAAAUCAGAAUAAUUGGAAUAAACUGAUUGAGAAUAUUCAUCAAAAUGAAGACAAUCGUCGCAUUCGCUUUCUUGGCUUGUGCCAUUAUCUUGGUUUCGGCAGAAAAAGAUAAGAAAUGCAAAGGUAAAUCUGACUGUGAUGAGGAUGAAUGUUGCACAAGGAUUGUAAGCUUCCUGCCCUCUCGUUGUCAGAAAAUGAAAAAAGAAGGUGAAUUUUGCUUGACAAAUAUUUUCGAAUUAAGGGAAGGUGACGUGUACCGUUUUUCCUGUCCAUGUGCGGGUGAUUUAGAGUGCAAACCAUCUAAGGAAACAGAUGAAAACAAUGUUGUCAAUUUCUUGAAAGAUAAGUGUCAAGCAAAGGAAUAAUGAUCUUCCAAGAAGAUUAAGCCCUGAAAUGUCAUCUUUUGAUGGGCCCUAGUAAAAAUGAGAAUUAAAAGAAUCCAAAAAUCCAGCAUAUUCUUUGUUUCAUCAACUGAAAACAAUGACUACAUGUGCCACAUUUUUUUUUUUAGUUGAAAAAUAAAAACUGUAUUUUUAAAAUGAA